CCGCCUCCCAGACACCGCAGCCAUGAAACUGUCGCUGAUCGUUCUGCUGGCGUGCGCUGCCGCCGCCGCCGCCCAAGAAUCCCUGGAGCUCCCCGUCCAAGACGCCCCGGAGCCCGAGAUCGUUGCCGUCGUCCAGGAGCCCAGCGUCUUCGUCACCGACGAGAGCCAGGCCGAGAUCCUGAGCAGCGACUUCGUGCGCGACGAAGAGGGUGGCUACCAGUCUGCCAUCGUCACCAGCAACAACAUCGAGCAGACGGCCAGCGGCAAGACCACGCCCGGUGCCGAGCCGGAGACGGGCACCAUCAGCAUGAGGGGCGAGUACUCGUACAUAGCCCCCGACGGCCAGAAGAUCAAGGUGGUCUGGUACGCCGACGAGACGGGCUACCACGCCCAGUCGGACUCCAUCCCCGUGGCGCCACCGGCGCAGUUCUAGGUCAGGGGUCGGCUCGCCCGCAUCACCGGCAGCGUUAGCUCGUUCCCGGUCCGGGGUCGGUGAACUGGAGUCUACCUGGCGCCCCGCGCCCCGGGCUGCCAGGUCUCAUCUUAGCUCACGAAAGCAGCAGCGCGGCAGGCGGCGCCGGAAAUGCUAGCUGCUGGACUGGCACGUGACAUUUGGCUUGCGUUGGGUGACACGGAAAGUCCAUCCAUUCGGCGUGCCUCUCUCUCAUUCAAACGCUGGUGUCCAAACUUCGCCUGGCUCGCGGUCGUCGUCAACUAUCUUUCAUUCCGUGGCGAUACUCGCACGUAUGCAUGCUUGUCCGAAUACAUAUCAUCUUCGUAAACGUUUGCCUUGACG